CGCGGGUUAGUGGCAAGUUCCUCUGCAGUUGUUUAGGCUGUGACUGUGGCCCAUUUUGCGGUGUGCGGCCAGCGAUGGAGCGCUCUGGGCCCAGCGAAGCGACAGGCUCAGACGCGUCGGGACCGGACCCGCAGCUUGCGGUCACCAUGGGCUUCACUGGGUUCGGUAAAAAAGCUCGCACAUUUGACUUGGAAGCAAUGUUUGAACAAACUCGAAGAACAGCUGUGGAAAGAAGUCGCAAAACACUGGCAAGAGAAAAAGAGGAAGAAAUGAGCAGAGAGAAAGAAUUAAGGCAAAAUGAAGAUAUUGAACCAACAUCCUCAAGAUCAAAUGUGGUCAGAGAUUGCUCCAAAUCAUCUUCCAGGGAUACAAGCAGCAGUGAAAGUGAAGAGAGUUCUGACUCUUCUGAUGAUGAGUUAAUUGGCCCUCCUUUACCCCCUAAAAUGGUAGGAAAACCAGUUAAUUUUAUGGACGAAGAUAUCCUCAGUGCUUUACCUCCACCUCUUAAUGAAGAAGAAGAAGCAGAGGAAGAAGAAGAGGAGGAGGAGGAAGAGGAAAAUCCUGUUCACAAGAUUCCUGACUCGCAUGAGAUAACGCUGAAGCAUGGCACUAAAACAGUGUCUGCUUUGGGUCUGGAUCCCUCAGGUGCCCGUUUGGUGACAGGAGGAUAUGACUAUGAUGUUAAGUUUUGGGAUUUUGCUGGAAUGGAUGCUUCUUUUAAGGCAUUUAGAUCCCUUCAGCCCUGUGAGUGCCACCAGAUCAAGUCAUUACAGUAUAGUAACACAGGAGACAUGAUUCUUGUUGUAUCUGGAAGCUCUCAGGCCAAGGUGAUUGACAGAGAUGGUUUUGAGGUAAUGGAAUGUAUAAAAGGAGACCAGUAUAUUGUGGAUAUGGCCAACACCAAGGGUCAUACAGCAAUGCUUCAUACUGGCUCAUGGCAUCCCAAAAUAAAGGGAGAAUUUAUGACUUGCUCAAAUGAUGCGACUGUGAGGACGUGGGAAGUUGAAAAUCCAAAGAAGCAAAAAAGUGUGUUUAAACCUCGGACGAUGCAGGGCAAAAAAGUCAUUCCCACUACGUGCACAUAUAGUAGAGAUGGAAACCUCAUAGCAGCUGCCUGCCAGAAUGGAAGCAUACAGAUCUGGGACCGAAAUUUGACUGUUCAUCCUAAGUUCCACUAUAAACAGGCUCAUGACUCGGGCACAGACACUUCUUGCGUGACUUUUUCCUAUGAUGGUAAUGUCCUUGCCUCUCGUGGAGGUAGGUUAAAAACUUUCUUUUUGAUGUAUUUCUCCAUAUAA